AUGACGUGCUACGAAACGUUGAGAGCUUCGGCACCCGCCGCGGACGCCCCCAUGGCGCACCACUUCGUCAAGUGGUGGCGCAACAAGUUUAGAAAUGGCUACAAGAAAUUCAGCAUUGGUACGGAAAGCGAGAGAACAGACACAGAGGAACUGGUCGGUCGCGCGGCAUCUCAAUGUUCCGCACCGCCAGAUCUCCUGCCUAGUGAAGCGAGGGCUUUACUACAACCCACACCACCACCAAUUCCGGCGAGAAAAUCUGAACAUAUCACUAAAAAGUUACCUUCCUCUGAAAAGCUUGCAGAAAAAUCUGAUGAUAAGCAACCGAGAAUGCGAUUUGAGGAGUUAACGUGUGAUGUCGAAUUACAACAUCCAGAAUCGUCUAAACAACAGCCGUUGCAGUUCUCUUUUACCUUGUACGACCUCGACGGUCACGGUCGAAUGACUAAAGAUGAUAUAGCGGGAAUAGUGUCUACAAUAUACGAGUCGAUAGGAAAAUCGGUCACAGUUCCGCACUACGGAUCUAAAACGAUACAAGUGCGUUUAACAGUUGUCCCGGAAGAUGGACCAAUACGUAAUCAUAGAGACAGGCGGAGACGGCGUAGAAGGGAGCAACCUAGCACGAAUACACCACCGGCAGAUAAUAAUAACUGUGCUGAUAAUAGUGAUGAUGAACAACAUGAUAGAUUUUCAAAUGAUGACGACGCGUCAUCGAAGUCUUCGUGUUCAGAGCGACAGGCCCCACAAAGACCUGCGCCGGUGCUCAGACAAAGACAUCGUCAAGCUCGAAGAGAGCCUCGGGAACGGAAACAUGUUAAAAAACGUUCUGGCAGUUUACAACGUCGUGAACUACUCGAAAUAAUACAGGCUAACAUGGAGAAAAAUCAUCUGAGUUUUCAAGCCACGAGAAAACCCAGUGAUCCUGUUGCCAACGAGGAGGAAAUCACGAGCAAAUAUCAAAAGCUUAGAAAUAGAUCUUAUACUGUCAACGACAAAACCGCAUUCCAAAAGUUGAAGCCAGAGUCAUCUAACAACGGUUACUUAGACCUGGCAUGUGGCGGCGACUCUCACCUGUGCCGAUACGACCGCUACCUGCACGCGGUGAUAUGCUCGUCGGCGCGCCACGCACACACCGGCUACCACCAAAAGCACUCGCAGCCUACAAAACCCACACGAAUACACCACAAUUCGAGAUCGCGAUCUCACGAUAUGCCACAAACCCAUUCCAACCAACCGAGAGUUCUACAAAUCAUAUUCUUA